AGAUGCUGCAGUUUGUCAGUAACCAGGCUGGGGACUUUCCAGAUCUGUUUUCGGAUCACUUGUGUGGCAACUUCCAGGGCAGCAGCAGCAGUGGCAGCAGCGGUGGGACCCUGGAGCCGCAGUUGCAGCGGCCGUACAGCCAGGUGCAGCUCCAGCCUUUUCCGCCACCCCCUGCCUCCCCCCAGCUCCAGAGCCUGCCGGUCAAAGCGGCGCAGGCAACACCUCCGGCCCUUCCGCGGUCGGCCCCUCUCCUACAGCGCCGCCCCCCACUCCAGCCUCAGCUCCAGCAGCAGGCCGUGAUGAUUACACCGACGUUCAGCUCUGCUCCCCAGACCAGGAUUAUCCAGCAGCCGGUGAUCUACCAGAACGCGGCCACGAGUUUCCAAGUUCUCCAGCCUCAAGUCCAGAGCCUGGUGACGUCCUCCCAGGUUCAGCCAGUUACCAUCCAGCAGCAAGUGCAGACUGUGCAGGCCCAGCGAGUGCUAACGCAGGCUGCCAACGGCACCAUCCAGACGUUAACGCCAGCUACGGUCCAAACGGUUGCUGCACCACAGGUCCAGCAAGUUCCAGUUCUGGUCCAACCUCAGAUCAUAAAAACGGACUCUCUUGUCUUGACAACCCUGAAAGCAGAUGGUAAUCCCGUAAUGGCUGCAGUACAGAACCCAGCGCUGACAGCACUCACUGCUCCCAUUCAGACCACAGCUCUGCAGACCCUCGUUGGGAGCAAUGGGACCAUUUUGACAACAAUGCCAGUGAUGGUGGGACAAGAAAAGGUGCCUAUAAAACAAGUUCCUGGGGGUGUCAAGCAACCGGAGCCACCUAAAGAAGGAGAGAGGAGAACAACUCACAACAUUAUUGAAAAGCGGUACCGGUCAUCCAUAAAUGACAAGAUCAUUGAGCUGAAGGACCUUGUCAUGGGGACAGAUGCCAAGAUGCACAAGUCUGGAGUCUUGAGAAAAGCCAUUGAUUACAUUAAAUACCUACAGCAGGCCAACCAUAAGUUGAGACAGGAGAACAUGGUUCUGAAGCUGGCUAACCAAAAAAACAAGCUGUUGAAGGGCAUUGACCUAAGCAGUCUGGUUGACAAUGAUGUGGAUCUGAAGAUAGAUGACUUCAACCAGAAUGUGCUGCUGAUGUCUCCUCCAGCCUCUGACUCAGGAUCCCAGGCUGGCUUCUCUCCAUAUUCCAUUGAUUCAGAGCCCGGAAGCCCACUCCUUGAUGAUGCCAAGGUUAAAGAUGAGCCUGACUCUCCUCCUGUAGCUCUUGGUAUGGUGGAUCGCUCUCGAAUACUCCUCUGUGCUCUCACGUUCCUUUGCCUUUCCUUCAAUCCUCUGACAUCCCUCCUGGACGCCCGAGGAGCUACAGAGUCUGACAGCCUGGUGCGCCAUGGCUCUGGCAGGAAUGUGCUGACCAUUGAGUCAGAUGCAGGUGGUUGGUUUGGCUGGAUGAUGCCCACGCUGAUCCUGUGGCUCGUGAAUGGAGUGAUUGUACUGAGCGUGUUCAUAAAGCUCCUUGUGCAUGGAGAGCCAGUGACCCGGCUGCACUCAAGGUCAUCGGUCACAUUCUGGAGGCAUCGUAAGCAAGCAGACCUGGAUUUGGCACGGGGGGAUUUUGCUGCAGCUGCAUCAAACCUGCAGACUUGCCUGUCGGUACUUGGCCGAGCACUGCCAGCUUCCCGCCUGGACUUGGCCUGCAGCCUGUCCUGGAACGUGAUCCGCUAUAGCCUGCAGAAACUGGCGCUGGUGCGGUGGCUACUGAAGAGGACUUCUCAUCAGUGGCGGGCCAGGGAGGCUACGGCAGGCUUUGAGGAUGAGGCCAAGACCAGUGCUCGGGAUGCAGCUCUAGCAUAUCACAAGCUCCAUCAGCUCCACAUAACAGGUAAACUUCCCUCCAGCUCAGCUUACUCAGGCUUGCACAUGGCCCUGUGUGCUGUGAAUCUGGCUGAGUGCGCAGAAGAAAAGAUCCCACCCAGCACAAUGGCAGAAAUCCACCUCACAGCUGCAGUUGGCUUGAAAACCCGCUGUGGAGGAAAACUUGGCUUCCUAGCAAGCUACUUUCUAAGCCAGGCUCAAAGCCUGUGCAGCUCGGAGAGGAGUGCCAUUCCUGACUCGUUGCGUUGGCUGUGCCAUCCCCUAGGACAGAAGUUUUUUGUGGAGCGCAGCUGGACGGUGAAGUCUGCUGCAAAGGAGAGCCUGUACUGCACCCAAAGGAAUCCUGCGGAUCCUAUUGCACAAGUUCAUCAGGCGUUUUGUGAGAACCUGCUAGAGCGAGCAGUGGAUUCACUUGUGAAGCCUCAGACUAGGAAAGAGAUAGCAGGACAAGAGGAGGAGGAGCCAUGUGAGUUCUCCAGUGCCAUGGAGUACCUGAAAUUGCUCAACUCUUUCUUGGACUCAAUGGGAAGUGGAGCCCCACCCUUUGCCAGCAAUUCCGUACUCAAGUCUGCCCUGGGCCCUGACGUGGUGUGCAGAUGGUGGUCAGCAGCAGUGGCUAUGGCAAUCGGUUGGCUCAGAGGGGACGAUGCAGCUGUGAGGUCUCAUUUUGCAGAAGUGGAGCGCAUGCCAAAAUCCCUGGAGAUGUCAGAGAAUGCCCUGGUGAAAGCCACCUUCUAUGUGUGUAAAGCCAUGCAGGCCUCAUUGUCUGGGAAGGCAGAUGGACAGCAGAGCUCCCUGGGUCACUGUGAGAGGGCCAGCAGUCAUUUAUGGAACAGCCUCAACAUGACCAGCGGCGGCUCUAGCACCAUCCUCAACAACAUGAUCCAGCUGCUGGCCUGUGACUUGCUGCUCUCUCUCCGCACCAGCCUGUGGCAGAAGCAGGCGAACGCCAGCCAGGCCCUGGGUGAGACCUACCACGCCUCAGCCCCUGAGCUGACGGGUUUCCAGCGUGACCUCGGCAGUCUGCGCAAGCUGGCCCACGGCUUCAGGCCUGCCUAUCGCAAGGUCUUCCUCCAUGAGGCCACCGUGCGCCUGAUGGCAGGUGCCAGCCCUACCCGCACCCACCAGCUGCUAGAGCACAGUUUGAGGCGACGCACACCCCAGAGCAGCAAGCAAGGUGAACUGGACACGCUGCCAGGCCAGAGGGAGCGAGCCACAGCCAUCCUGUUGGCCUGCCGCCACCUCCCCCUCUCCUUCCUCUCCUCCCCGGGCCAGCGAGCGGUCCUGCUGGCUGAGGCCGCCCGCACCCUGGAGAAGGUGGGGGACAAGCGCUCCUGCAACGACUGCCAGCAGAUGAUUGUCAAGCUGAGCGGGGGCACGGCCAUCGCUGCCUCCUAACGCUGGCAUGGGGCCACCUCGUGCGAAGACAGCCUGGUAGACUGUCGGCAUGGACUUCCUUUCUGGAGCUUAAAAUAAAAAAGUGCUAGGUUAGGGCUGUGCCGAUGGGAUCGUGAUGGGUGGGAAAGGGAGGGAGGGUUUUGUUUUGGUUUUGGUUUGUUUUUUACUUUGCCCCAGGUUUAGUUUUAUUAGCCCCCUUGCUUGUUCUCAGGCACUGCAGCAGGAAUCUGUCUAGUUGUGGUUUUCAUGACCAUGCCUGGGGCCAUUGGGAAGUGCUGCCCCAACCCAGGGCAGGAGCCCACAAGCCCAAGGGAUAGAGAAGUGGCACAUCCUGUGUCUGUCCUCAGGGGCAUCUUGUUCCCUUCCCGAAUACUUCAGUGGAAAGAAACCUUUGGGGAGGGUAGAGGAACCCUGCGGGGCUGCUGGUUUCUGGGGCUGUUCCUGAGAGAGAGGGGGAAGGCACCAACUUUCCUUGAGCUGGUGUCAGGAAACUGAAGCCCCUUAGACCCAACUUACAGAGGUGCUCUGGAAGUAUCACUUGGGGCCAGUACUGCCUGACAAAUUUCUCUACAGUUUUUAUACAGGUUUUUUUUAUAGGAGUGUUUGUGGCUUUACAAAAACAGGGAAUGAUGCAGCAGAUUUCCCUUCUCUGCUUCACGUGUCUCCUUCCUGUGAUAGCUGCCUCUGUUUUUUGGCAGGAGGCUGGGUUUGUGGCAGUCUGCAAUAGGCAGAGCCUUGUAGAAGUCUGGGGCAUCCCUAGUCUUCUGGUGCUGGGUGGCAGCAGAGUUGGAUGUGCAGCGCCCUGCAUUCGGCGUGAAGAGUGAAUGCUGCUCUGGUGCCUUUUUGUUGAUGCAGAAACAAUUUUUAGAAACAGGGUUUUUUUCAUUUUACUGAACUCCCAAUCCUAGAACUUCAGGUGUUUCUCCUUCCGUUUAACUGCUCAACAGCUGCUGAAGUCCUGCAGGGACUGGGAGGCACUGGUUCAGGGUGUGUCUCCCAGCUCUGUUACAAUUGCUCUUCAGAGCAGUUUGUCUUGCAGGUGUUGAAUCGCAUGUGACUUUCCAGGAGGGGAAGACGGAUUGGGGACAGGGAUGGAACGGUUUGCCCUCUUUCUCUCUGCCUUUCUUGUUGCAUCUCUCCAAAGGAGUGCAAAGUGGUUGCCCUCUCACAUGUGCAAAUGUGGAAACCAGCCAUUGGCAGACAGGCAUCACUGUUUGCACCAGUGUGUGCUCAGUGUCACUGGCUGCAGGCACUUAAACAGGGCAGCAGCGCAACCUUAUCCUGUCCCAGUCAGGCCUGUACAGCCCGAUUCCUCCUGCAAAAUCAGAACUUGAGCUGUCUUGCAAGAAGCUUCUACAUGUAUCCAGCUUCUGCAGAGGGGCAUGAGAGCUUGAGCUCCUUCCAGAAUGAGGGGAAAAAGAUGGGGUCUUGUCUCAGUUUGCAUGGGGUCUUCUGGCAUCAGGGAGGUUGUGUUUCCAAUCAGUGUAGGGGUUCCUCUGGCAGACAUUUCUGCUUUGAGCUGGUAUCCUAAGUGCGCAGAACAACUCUUGGGUUUGGGUGGGUUUUGAUUGCCUAUUUCAAGCUUCCUAGCCUAUUUAGUGAUCCUAUUUUGGAGGGUGGAUCACAUCGUCCUACUUUUUCUCCUCUUAAGUGGCUCUCACACUGUGUUUCCUAAAGUACAGAACCCCCUUACCUGUGGCAACCUCAGAGUUACUUCACAUUUUCCCAGAUUUGCAUCUAACAUGUGGGAAGUUUUGUGCUUUAGUAAAAGAAGUGAGACUUCUGGAACACUGAGAUGCUGUGGCUUCACUUUGUCAGUGGAGGUGGACUGAGUCCUGGGGGGUGGGCUGCAGGGAGUACUGGCUGGGCUGGGCUGGGGAUGGAAGGCUGCUGCGCUGAAACCCUGGUAGUUAAUGGCAUGAUCCAUGGAGAGUCUUAGCACCUGCUAGUAGUUCUCUCCCCUCCAGGCCAAGGGAUCUUUGCCCUGUUUUUUCUAUACUGUUCAUAAAUUUGCUGCCCAUCUGCCCUACAACUUUUUUUAUAUGUGUGUAUAUAUACUGUAACUUUGUUUGCGGGUGGGAGGAAAUUGUUUUAUGGAUUAUUUGAAGAAAGUCUAUUUAUCCACAUGGAGUUUGGAGUAGGGAUGCUUUGUGAAACUAGGUGUAACGUGGUGGGGAGGUUCCCCAGGGAACAUAUCUGCUGUCUGAAAACCCUGUUCCAGGGCUCCUGAGCAUCUGUUACUUAAUAAAGGCGAACGUUACCACCA